AUGUAUUCCUCAUUUGAAUGGGCGAAGAAUACUACAGGGUAUCAAGAUGCAAUCGUGUACAAAUGCAAAUUGCUAGCCUUACUCUUUCUUGCUUCAUACGAUCUUUACCUUGUAACGGCAAUCUCUUCAGGAUCAUCUUCACAUUUUGAUGUGGAUCCAUUUUUGAAUCUUCCUCCAGGUGAAGAUAUGCUUGCUUAUCCCACCAGCUUUGUUGCUUUUGAUGAAACAGAAGCAAGCUCACAUCCUCGCAUACCCGAAACACAACAGCAAGCCAGUCAGGCUGUGUACGAAGAUCCAAUGGCGAAUAGGAAGCAAGAAAUCAGCGUAAGGGAUUUUAUAUACAGUAAGAAGAAUCGGGAUAAUCCGGUAACGUCGCAGAUUUUGAAAGAAAAGAAAAAGGAGAUUAGGAAUCAAUAUCUCGCUAGAAUGUCAAAAGAAGAAUUGAAGCAAUAUAAAAUCGCGAAGCAAGAGAGAGACAAGAGGCAGUAUACAAUACGAAAGAAUAGAAGAGGAUAUGGAUCUAGACAAAAUGUAAGACGUAAAACGAUAACAGAAAAGGUCCGCAACGGUACCGCUACACCGGAAGAGACUUUGGAAUACAAAAAAGUCGCAGAGCAAAAACGAAAGAGCUCUCUAGCAAGACGAUUACACAAGAAACAAUCAAAAAAGAAAGGGUGA